CUGUGACUAACCCACUCGGAUCCAAUCACGUACCAAGGCCAAAUAUGGGACUGGGCUGGGAAGUGGGUCUCUGGAGUCAUCAUAAAUACUAGUUUUAAUAUGGAUUAGUGGUUGUCUUCAUGUGUUUUCCCAAGUAAAGCAGUGCAAGUAAGGUUGCUUAUAUAUAUGUGAGCCUCCUUAGUUGCUCCCCUUGGGGUAUCUUAUGACAAUAUCCUCGAGGUGACAUAGCCCAAGAGCUGUGUGCAUGGCCAGAAUAUAUUUAGCUGUUCUCUUCAAACUCACUUUACAUGAACAUGGCCCUCCCCUCUGUGUUGGUGCUGCCUGUGCUGAUCGUCAUGGCAGCGGGAGUGUACUACAUCUACAAUGAGGUCAUACAGUUCAUGUCCAUGACUUUAGUGCGAAACAAAGUGGUGGUGAUUAGCGAUGCUGUGUCCGGGGUGGGAACCGAGUUGGCCCAUGUCUUCCAUAAGGGCGGUGCCAGACUGGUCUUAUGUGGGACCACCUGGGACAAACUGGAGUCUCUGUACGACUCACUGACAAAUGAUGCUGACCCCAGAGAGACCUUUGCCCCUAAAUUAGUGAUCCUUGACUUCAGCGAUGUGGACAGUAUGGAGGAUGUGGUGGCUGAGGUGGUGGAGUGUUAUGGAUAUGUGGAUGUUCUGAUCUGUAACAGCAGCAUGAAGCUCAAAGCUCCAGUGCAGAACAUCUCCCUGGAAGUGGACAGAAACAUCAUGGAUAUCAAUUACUUCGGCCCUAGCACUCUGACUAAAGGUAUUCUUCCAACAAUGAUCUCAAGAAGAUCAGGGAACAUUGUGUUGGUCAACAGCAUCCAGGGCAAACUUGCUAUUCCCUUCAGAAGCUCCUAUGCGGCUUCUAAACACGCGGCGCAGGCUUUCUUUGACUGCCUCCGGGCUGAAGUGGAAGAGUAUGGGAUAACUGUCAGCACCAUCAGUCAUACUUUCAUCAAUGCCUCUGAGCCGCCACCUGCUGUAGAGGGGGAGCCUGCCCCCAGCCGGUGGCAAGACAUCCUGGCUGCAUAUAUUGCCAAGCAGUUGACCCAUGGUGUGCGCCCGUCAGUUCUGGCCAAUGAGAUUAUGCUAACAGUGAACAGGAAGAGGAAAGAGGUUGUCCUGGCCCACCCCAUCCCCAGAGUGGCCCUUUACCUCCGCUCCCUCGUCCCCUCCUUCCUCUUUGCUGUGUUGGCUGCUGGUGUGAAGGACGCAGUCUUAUCUGAUGAGUUGCAGUAGGACAAAAAAAAAAAAAAGGGAGAAAAAUAUGUCAGUUGACAUGUUUUGAAAUGUC